AUGGUUGACCCGUGUAAGCCUCAAGCGUGUGCUAUUCAAGCCUGUUUGACGAAAACUGGAUUUGACGAAAGUAAGUGUACGCAAGUGAUCGACCAGCUUUACGAAUGCUGUACAAAGUUCUACCAAGAGAAAGGUGGGGAUGCCCGUACACCUUGCUGUCCCAUCCCCAGGCUGUUGAACCUUAAGCUCGAACAACGCAAUAAGGAGCCCUUGGACGCAAGGCUUCUAUGA